AUGCUUUUUGAGAGGCAGUUGUCGAUGUGUGCAGAGGGUCGCUGGUUCGCGCCCAGGUGGCCAAACCUGAAACACCUGACUACAGAGAGGAAGGAGCACCAGCUGAUACCUCCCAACACUGCCGCACACAAAGGCACAGAGAGGAAGGAGCACCAGCUGAGACCUCCCAACACUGCCGCACACAAAGGCACAGAGAGGAAGGAGCACCAGCUGAUACCUCCCAACACUGCCGCACACAAAGGCACAGAGAGGAAGGAGCACCAGCUGAUACCUCCCAACACUGCCGCACGCAAAGGCACAGAGAGGAAGGAGCACCAGCUGAUACCUCCCAACACUGCCGCACGCAAAGGCACAGAGAGGAAGGAGCACCAGCUGAGACCUCCCAACACUGCCGCACGCAAAGGCACAGAGAGGAAGGAGCACCAGCUGAGACCUCCCAACAGUGCCGCACGCAAAGGCACAGAGAGGAAGGAGCACCAGCUGAGACCUCCCAACACUGCCGCACGCAAAGGCACAGAGAGGAAGGAGCACCAGCUGAGACCUCCCAACACUGCCGCACGCAAAGGCACAGAGAGGAAGGAGCACCAGCUGAUACCUCCCAACACUGCGGCACGCAAAGGCACAGAGAGGAAGGAGCACCAGCUGAUACCUCCCAACACUGCCGCACGCAAAGGCACAGAGAGGAAGGAGCACCAGCUGAGACCUCCCAACACUGCCGCACGCAAAGGCACAGAGAGGAAGGAGCACCAGCUGAGACCUCCCAACAGGCACAGAGAGGAAGGAGCACCAGCUGAGACCUCCCAACACUGCCGCACGCAAAGGCACAGAGAGGAAGGAGCACCAGCUGAUACCUCCCAACACUCCCAGCUGAUACCUCCCAACACUGCCGCACGCAAAGGCACAGAGAGGAAGGAGCACCAGCUGAUACCUCCCAACACUGCCACACGCAAAGGCACAGAGAGGAAGGAGCACCAGCUGAGACCUCCCAACACUGCCGCACGCAAAGGCACAGAGAGGAAGGAGCACCAGCUGAUACCUCCCAACACUGCCACACGCAAAGGCACAGAGAGGAAGGAGCACCAGCUGAGACCUCCCAACACUGCCGCACGCAAAGGCACAGAGAGGAAGGAGCACCAGCUGCACAAAGGAGCACCACGCAAAGGCACAGAGAGGAAGGAGCACCAGCUGAGACCUCCCAACACUGCCGCACGCAAAGGCACAGAGAGGAAGGAGCACCAGCUGAGACCUCCCAACACUGCCGCACGCAAAGGCACAGAGAGGAAGGAGCAGCUGAGACCUCCCAACAGAGAGGAAGGAGCACCAGCUGAGACCUCCCAACACUGCCGCACGCAAAGGCACAGAGAGGAAGGAGCACCAGCUGAGACCUCCCAACACUGCCGCACGGCACAGCACCAGCUGAGACCUCCCAACACUGCCGCACGCAAAGGCACAGAGAGGAAGGAGCACCAGCUGAGACCUCCCAACACUGCCGCACGCAAAGGCACAGAGAGGAAGGAGCACCAGCUGAGACCUCCCAACACUGCCGCACGCAAAGGCACAGAGAGGAAGGAGCACCAGCUGAGACCUCCCAACACUGCCGCACGCAAAGGCACAGAGAGGAAGGAGCACCAGCUGAGACCUCCCAACACUGCCGCACGCAAAGGCACAGAGAGGAAGGAGCACCAGCUGAUACCUCCCAACACUGCCACACGCAAAGGCACAGAGAGGAAGGAGCACCAGCUGAGACCUCCCAACACUGCCGCACGCAAAGGCACAGAGAGGAAGGAGCACCAGCUGAGACCUCCCAACACUGCCGCACGCAAAGGCACAGAGAGGAAGGAGCACCAGCUGAGACCUCCCAACACUGCCGCACGCAAAGGCACAGAGAGGAAGGAGCACCAGCUGAGACCUCCCAACACUGCCACACGCAAAGGCACAGAGAGGAAGGAGCACCAGCUGAGACCUCCCAACACUGCCGCACGCAAAGAGAGGAAGGAGCACCAGCUGAUACCUCCCAACACUGCCGCACGCAAAGGCACAGAGAGGAAGGAGCACCAGCUGAGACCUCCCAACACUGCCGCACACAAAGGCACAGAGAGGAAGGAGCACCAGCUGAGACCUCCCAACACUGCCGCACGCAAAGGCACAGAGAGGAAGGAGCACCAGCUGAGACCUCCCAACACUGCCACACGCAAAGGCACAGAGAGGAAGGAGCACCAGCUGAUACCUCCCAACACUGCCGCACGCAAAGGCACAGAGAGAGGACAGACAGACACAGGUCUGUUGGCUCAGAGGUACUAUGAGCCAGUGUUCCUCUGUAAUGAGCAGGUUAAGUGGAGGAGGGCUUUGUUGGCUCAGAGGUACAGUGCACACAGUUGA